CGAAGCCAAAUAGAAAGAAAGAAAGGAAAAAAGGGCGUUGCUUUGAUGGACCUUUCACAGGUCCCCAGCCCUAGACCAAGGCACUCCCCCCCUCAAUAUAUUGCUCUCUGACAAAACCCGAGCUGGCUGCGAUUCUUUUUUGGAAGAAGGAUCAGAGGAAGCAGCUGAGGGGAGGGCGAUCAAGUCCACCUAAAGAUACCGCCGGUCCCCUUUCCUAUUGAGUAGUAUCAGGCAACCCAAACUGAAUCUUGAGUCCUUUUGGCCAUCCUUUCGCCAGCGCCGCUUUUGCACACCUCCAGAAAAUAGACUUUUGGUGUUGUUAAAGUUUGCAUUCCUCGGUGUCUUGUUUUAAAGCAUCAGAAAAGCCCUUCUGCACACACGCCGAUUGCAAUGGGGGCCCUGGAGAUUAUUGGUUUGUGUAUGCUUUCCUUUCUCCUCUACUCCGGCAACACCAUGGCUAAAGCUAGUCAAGACGUUGACGAAUGUGUUGAUGGGACUGACAACUGCCACAUUGAUGCCAUCUGCCAGAACACUCCCAAAUCAUACAAGUGCAUCUGCAAAUCUGGCUAUACCGGGGAUGGGAAACACUGCAAAGAUGUUGAUGAAUGUGAGCGUGAUGACAAUGCUGGCUGUGUCCAUGAAUGCGUCAAUAUCCCAGGGAAUUAUCGAUGUACCUGCUAUGAUGGCUUUCGCCUGGCACAUGAUGGGCAUAACUGCCUUGAUGUGGACGAGUGUGCAGAAGGAAAUGGUGGCUGCCAGCAGACUUGUGUCAACAUGAUGGGGAGCUACGAGUGCCACUGCCGUGAUGGAUUUUUCCUGAGUGAUAACCAGCAUACGUGCAUCCAGCGCCCCGAAGAAGGAAUGAACUGCAUGAACAAGAACCAUGGUUGUGCCCACAUCUGUCGGGAAACCCCAAAAGGUGGCAUUGCCUGUGAAUGUCGCCCUGGUUUCGAGCUCACCAAAAACCAACGAGACUGCAAGUUGACCUGCAACUAUGGUAAUGGAGGGUGUCAGCACACUUGUGAUGAUACAGAUCAAGGGCCAAAGUGUGGUUGCCAUGUCAAGUUUGUGCUUCAUUCUGAUGGGAAGACAUGCAUAGGGGAGAGGCACCUCCAGCAACACGUUACCCCCCAGACGUUUUCUAAUGAGACUUGUGCUGUCAACAAUGGAGGCUGUGACAGUAAAUGCCAUGAUGCAGCAACUGGUGUGCACUGUAGCUGUCCAAUGGGAUUCAUGCUCCAACCUGACAGGAAAACGUGUAAAGAUAUUGAUGAAUGCCGGUUGAACAAUGGUGGUUGUGAUCACAUCUGCAGGAACACAGUGGGCAGUUUCGAAUGCAGUUGCAAAAAGGGGUAUAAGUUGUUGAUCAAUGAAAGGACCUGCCAAGAUAUUGAUGAAUGCUCCUUUGACAGAACCUGUGACCACAUCUGCAUAAACACCCCAGGGAGCUUCCAGUGCCUGUGUCACAAAGGCUACACGCUGUAUGGGCUCACCCACUGUGGAGAUGUUGAUGAAUGUAGCAUCAACCGAGGAGGCUGCAAGUUUGGCUGUGUAAACACCCCUGGCAGCUAUGAAUGUACCUGCCCUGCUGGCUGCAGACUUCACUGGAAUAAAAAGGAUUGUAUAGAGCUGGUAAUAUGUUUGGCUGGUGCAGUAUCUCCCCGGGCUACACUUACCUGCAACAAGAAUGGGAAGAAGGACAGCUGCUCUCUCACCUGUGCUUCCAAGGCUCGCUUUCUGCCAGAGUCUGACAACAGCUAUACAGUGAGCUGUGGGACUCCAAUCCUGCGACAGGGACCUCCACAGAGGUCCAGUAAUGGCAGUUAUCCCUGUAUUGAGACUGUUACUGCGCCAAUCAAACAAAAGGCUUCCUUCAAGAUCAAGGAUGCUAAAUGCCAUCUGCAUCCACGAAUGAAAGGCAAGCAGGAUGAGAUGGGCAGGAAUGGUACCCCAGUAGGUGGAGCAACUCCAUGCUCAGAUUGCCAGGUAACUUUUGUGAACCUAAAGUGUGACUCCUCAAAGAAGGGCAAAGGACGCCGGGCUCGCAACUCCCCCAACAAGGAGGUGACUCGCAUCACACUGGAGUUUGAAGCUGAAAUCAAGCCAGAAGAGGUCACAGCCAGCUGCAAUCUGAACUGUGUGCGGCAAAAAGUGGAGAAAAAACUGAAGUCAGCUAUCAAAGCUCUGAAGAAAUCUAUAAACCAGGAAAGGUUCCUGAUCCGCUUUUCGGGAAUGGAGUAUGAACUGGCCCGGAAACUGAGCUUGGCUUCUGAGAGGCAGGAGAACUGUGGACCAGGACAGCAGAGACUGGGAUCCAAGUGUGUUAGCUGCCUGCAAGGAACGUAUUACCAUGGCCAGAUGGAACAGUGCGUCCCUUGCCCUUCAGGGACCUACCAGGAGAAAGAAGGCCAGCUUUCCUGUGACCUUUGCCCUGGAAGUGAUGCUUAUGGGCCAGCUGGAGCAACAAAUAUAAGCAGCUGUGCAGGUCAGUGUCCCCCUGGCCAGUACUCUGUGGAUGGCUUCAAACCCUGCCAGCUAUGUCCACGUGGCUCCUACCAACCAGAAGCUGGGCGAGCUUUGUGCUUCCAUUGUGGUGGAGGGCUAACCACCAAACAUGAGGGAGCAUUUUCCUUCCAGGACUGUGAUACUAAAGUUCAGUGUUCCCCAGGCCAUUAUUAUAACACCAGUGUCCAUCGCUGCAUUCGUUGUGCUGUAGGCACCUACCAGCCAGACUUCCGUCAAAACUACUGCAUCGCGUGCCCUGGGAAUACCACCACAGACUUUGAUGGCUCUACCUCAGUAUCACAGUGCAAAAAUCGUCAAUGUGGAGGGGAGCUGGGUGAAUAUACUGGUUAUAUUGAGUCUCCCAACUACCCUGGAAACUACCCUGCAAACGUGGAGUGUACCUGGAAUAUCAACCCACCUCCAAAACGCAAAAUUCUCAUUGUGGUGCCUGAAAUCUUUCUGCCAUCUGAGGAUGAAUGUGGGGAUGUCCUUGUCAUGCGGAAAAACUCAUCUCCCUCCUCUAUCACCACCUAUGAGACAUGCCAGACAUAUGAGAGGCCCAUAGCUUUCACUGCAAGGUCUCGAAAGCUGUGGAUCAACUUCAAAACUAGUGAAGCCAACAGCGCCCGAGGCUUCCAGAUCCCCUAUGUCACCUAUGACGAGGAUUAUGAGCAGCUGGUGGAGGAUAUUGUACGAGAUGGCAGGUUAUAUGCAUCUGAAAAUCAUCAGGAAAUACUGAAGGACAAAAAACUGAUCAAGGCUUUCUUUGAUGUGUUGGCUCACCCGCAAAACUAUUUCAAGUACACAGAGAAGCACAAGGAGAUGCUGCCACGUUCCUUCAUCAAACUCCUCCGCUCCAAAGUCUCCAGCUUUCUCAGGCCUUACAAAUAGCCUCAUGGUGCUUUCACUAGCCUGCCAGGCUCCUCCACAACCAAGAAAACUUCUCUUACACUUAUUCUUAUUUUUCAAUGACCUUUGUUACAAAUACAACCCUCCCCCAUCGCUCACUAUGCAGAUAAUUAUAACCUUGGCUUUUCUUCAAACCUAAAUUCAUUGACGAUAUUGUCUAUGGAAGGAGCAGUUAGCAGCCAUGGGGAAUCCCCAUCCCACUGUACUUUUCUACCCUCAGCUCUACAGAGAUCAUGUAUGAACUCUCAAUGAUGCACUCUCCACAAGUGGCCUCUGCUGGGACCUGUAGUUCUAGGGCAAUUUCAUCCUUCUCCCUGGUACGCAUGUGCAGCCCCUUACCCUCAGGGCAUCUGCUACAGGCCAUUUGGAUACAUCUCUCUGUAUGACUGUCUGUUUGUAGAAAGAAACACCUCUGAUUCCAUAUCAUGCCUGCAAUUCUGGAACACGGAUAAAUUGUGAACUUCUAGCAGCUGCUACAUGAUCAGAUUGAUCCAGCCAAACUCUUUUGUAAAGAACUGAAGCCAAACGACACCCAAGACAUGAAAGGUUAUGCUUUAUCAGACAAUUGUGGUUUUUAAAGGAAAAUAAAAAGUAAAUCAAGCAUGGUCUUGCAGAGAGGAUCCAAGGAAAAAGAUUAUUAAUAGCUGGGAGAAAGAUUAUAUAGAGAAAAUAGUCAUAUCUGAGAAGUGUGAAAGAAAAUGGCCCAUGGUUGGGAUGGCAGUUCUGGUGGCUUUGGAGAACAUCAUUUCUUGAUUGACUUCUUUGCCUUUGAAGAAAGCAUUGUCCUAACCGCAUUCUUAUACCGGAUGAUGUCUGGGAAAAGGGGAGGAGAACUUGGUGAACAGUGAGACUUUCCAAUGUGACUUCCCCGAUGGACACUCACGUGGAGAGACCAGACGUCUUAUAAGCUCUGCCAAAGAGUAAUUAAAUGACAAAAAAAAAAAAGCAAGCGGUGUGAAGGGCAGGAGUGAGUGAAUGUUUGUGCACUAGGAUGUUCUCCUUUCUACCUUUUCAUAUUAUUAAGUGCAAUCAUUUUGAGUUGUCUUUAUAUUAUUUAGAGGGAAGUUUUUUUUCUACUAGAAAUUACGAUAUUUAUACCUGCCUGAGAAAAGAGAAUGUGUGUGUGCGCGCAUGUGUUUAUAAAAAUGAAACAGAACACAAACAAGGAUUUGGAUAAUUAUGCCUAAAUGUGACUAGGUUUUCAGCUCUUGGAAUCUUUUGUUUUCCUCAACACGGUAAAAUCCUGAUUAUUGAGAUCCUUGGUUAUUCAGUGACCACUGAAGCUACGCAGAACACAGACUGAAUAUCUACGAAUGACUGAAAAUUAUAUUUUGGCCGCAAGCAAUGCUUGAGAGCCAGUGCAGCUCUUAGCAAAGGCAUGCAUUAUAGUCUUCAUGAGUCAGCACCAUUUCAGAAUGUAAGUUGAAGAUCGCAUUAGAAUCAUUCUCCAGUUUAAACCCUCCCAGCGUGUGUUGCUAGUAUUUUUGGGGGGUGGGGGUGGGGGGAUGUAGUUUAACCUUCCUUCCAACUUUACUAGUUCUGCAAAGGCAAGGAGAUUUUGAUGUGUGGGAUGAGUUCAGAUCUGAGAUUCUCCAUUUACGUAUUGAGGUGGUGUAGGGUUGGAUCCAGCCAGCAUUUUCACCUAGGUUCAUCUACUCCCUUAUUGCAACCUCAGUCCCAUGUGACUUUUAUCCAUGUAAAUCCCAUGAUUCUCAGCCUGGCCUUUUUUGAUAACCUCCUAUUUUUACCAAAGAAAAAGUUGGUAGAAUCCAACUGAUAUUUCAGUAGGUUUGAUUUCUAACCUGAAAGGUGAUAGGGCUCAGGUUUCCCUAGAAGUCAUGCUAUCUCCUAUGAAAACUCUUUCCCUAAUUCCAGAGCUUUAGUGGUUGGUUCUCUCAGGGGGGAAAACCUUCUUUACAUAUAUUCAAAGGCACACUUAUAGUCCCGUGUUCCAAGGCUGAGCCCAGCAUUAGACACAGGUUUUGAGGUGAGCCUUGGCUGACUAGUGCAUCUUCUUUCCCAAUUUAAACGUUUGUACUAAAGUCUCUUUCCAGUGCAAAUACUAGUGACAAAAUCCCUGUUUAUAUCAGCGUAACUGUUGCCUUCUCUGAGCUAUGGCCUAAAAUUAACAAUCAGAACUGUAAUCUAAAGGUCUACAGCUGUGCUUGGGCCACAUCAUCUCCAUUUGCUGUAGUAGAAUUUGAAGCUUCCCUGCCUUGACGUGGAUGGUUUGCUCUUCCUCCCUUGUAGGUUGUUAUUGAUUCAGAAUCAACUCCAUUCAGUUCACUGGGAUCCUUUCAGCAUUGAAGUUACCUUGGCAUUGAAGAAAUGCGUCUGAGAUAAGUGUGAUUGUGAUACUUGAGUACAUUUUAACCUAUCAUAAGCAGUUAAGCCAUGACAUGUGGCACUCAUUUUCUCAGAUUCAGCUCUUGCCUACUAUACACAUGCAUUUUUUUAUAUUGGGGGUAUUAUUUUCCAUAAGAGAGUAUGGAAGAGGUCGAACCAGAAAUUGAGACUAACUCUGAAGGCAAAACUUAGGUUCAGUGCAGCUUAGAUAUUCUACCUUAUUUCUUACUAGCUAGAUCCAUAGUCCCAAUUUCUUCUCCAAACUGAGAAAAUACAAAGGUUUGAAAAGCUGAAAAUUCCAUCUCAACGUAGGAAAUGCAACCAUUUUGAAACAACAAAGCUGAAAUAUUUAUACCUGCAUUUAUGCAGUAUGCCAUAAUACAGUACCUUCUGUAAAAUAAUGAUUAAAUGAUGAAAAAGGUGUAGUCCAUAAACUUAUUUGCACUUGAUAAAAGAAAUUGUAUCUGAACUUGUAAAAAGAAAAAGUUUGCAUUUCAUAUUGUCUUUUUUAAUUAUUAAAUGGAAUUUCUUGG